AUGCUGCUGUAUGGCGAGCGCAUGCUGAUUAGGUGUCUUUCUGUGCGGCAGACUAGCCAAAGCCUCAAGCGUACAUCAAUUUGGAAUGCAUUAAGGCUUUCUCAUUCUAGUUCAAAGAGUGAGCAUGACAUGAAUGCUCGUCUCAAAGCUAUGGCACUUGCCAAACCUCUGCGCCUAUCGCUUCUUGGGAAUCCAUUCCAUUUUACCGCGUUCACAGACGUUCAAGAGCAAGUGUUUUCUCUACUGCCACAAAUUUCGAGUGGAAAAAAACUGCUCGACGAUGGAAAGGGUCGGGACUUGCUGUGUAAAGCUCGCACUGGUACAGGCAAGACGGUUGCAUUCCUCGUCCCUGCUCUUCAGGCCCGCAUACAUGCGUAUAAUCAGCUUGCCCAUGGACAGACUACGGAGCCUUUUCGAAGGUAUCUUGAGGAAAAUGAUUUAAUGUAUUUACUUGAACGUGGCGACAAAGCGGCUGUGUCGGAGCUUCAGAGACUCUUUAGUCGACACUGUGCGGGUGUCUUGAUUAUUUCGCCCACUCGUGAAUUGGCUAUGCAGAUUGCCUCUGAAGCGCGCAAGCUUGUGCUGAAUCACAAGAAAUUGCGUGUGCACGAGCUUGUGGGCGGUAUAUCGAGCAAGCGCCAGUACUUGAACUGGAAGAAGAACACGCCAGACAUUGUUGUGGCCACACCAGGGCGUUUACUAGACAUGUUGGAUGAUCAAAGCAUCCGUGAUGCCAUUAGUCGCACACAGACACUUGUGCUUGAUGAGGCUGAUAUGCUACUCGAACUUGGUUUCCGAGACAAGAUUCAAAUGAUAGCGUCUAUGCUUCCUCCUGUAGAGGAGCGCAUGUCGUUCAUGUUCAGCGCCACGAUGGAUCCUCACAUUAUGGAAGUUGCGAAGACUUCGUUGCAUCCUCAACAUCGUGUCAUUGAUUGCAUUCCGCCUGGCGAAGAGAAUGUGCAUGUGCGUAUCCCGCAAUACGUCACAACUAUUCCGGAUCAGACUCGGGUUUUACCGUUUCUGCUUCAACUCUUGGAACAUGACCAAAUGCUGUAUGGUAACAAGUCCAAAGUCAUUAUAUUCACUUCCACGACGGCACUUACAAGUGCCAUGCAUAAAAUGCUCGAAAGCAUUACUUCUUCGCUUCCAGGUCAAGAAAAAACAAGCGUGCUCUGCUUGCAUGGAAUGCUAUCUCAGACUCUCCGUUCUCGUGUCAGUCAGCAGUUCCGAGCUUAUGAAUCUGCCCCUAGUAUUUUGCUUACGAGUGAUGUGAGUGCGCGUGGUGUCGACUACCCAUCAGUCACGCGUGUCAUCCAGCUGGGUGUACCAUGCUCGAAAGAAAUGUAUGUCCACCGUGUUGGUCGCACAGGUCGUCGUGGGCGCGAAGGACGUGCAGACAUGCUUAUUUCGCCGUUUGAGUCUGGUUUCGUCGCUUUCCAGCUGCAUGACAUCCCACUUCAACCUCUGUCUAUGGAAGAUCAUGCAAAAUCUAUGAAUGAGCUCGUUGCCUCUAAGGAGGCACAAACGACCUUUGAUGCAUCGAGGGUUCAAACUGCUAUGGAUCACGCUCGGUAUUGUGUACGUGAGACCAUGGAUAUGAGGCACUUGCUCAACACAGUGUUCAAUAGCUAUGUGGCUAUGCGGCAAUUGCUGCGCGUAUCGCGCUUGCAAAUCCUGCAUCCGGUGCAGAACUGGAUUCGAGCUGUCUUUGGCUUGGAAGAAAAACCUACACUGUCGCCCCAAAUGAUGAGUGUGAUACACUCGAAGAAGCGAGGGUCACACGAGCGCCAGACAUCCAAGCGGCCAUUUUCGGUGCGAAAGAGGCGUUAG